AUGAGCAGCCAAGGAAGCAAAGUAACAUACACACAGGGCUACUCAGAAGCAGUGCUGAGGUCGCAUGCUUCUCGCACUGCAGAGACGUCGGCUGCGUUCCUGCUGCCCCAACUCAAGCCGGGUGACAAGAUCCUCGAUAUCGGCUGCGGACCGGGCACGAUUACCACGUCGCUGGCAAAGUAUGUCCCUGAAGGCAGCAUCGUGGGGGUAGACUACUCGGGUGAAGUAGUGGCAGAGGCGCAACAGAGACUGACGCAGCUCACGGAAGGAGCCAAAUCAGACGCCGAGCGACAGCUGGCUGAACGGUGCAGCUUCCAAGUAGCAUCGGUAUUCGAGCUGCCGUACGCAGACGACUCGUUCGACGUGGUUCACUGCCACCAAGUGCUCCUGCAUCUCCCGGAACCCGUCAAGGCGCUGCAGGAAAUGCGGCGAGUGUGCAAGCGGGGCGGGCUCGUCGCUGCACGUGAAUCCGACUGCAGCUACACGAUCCUCUACCCAGAGACCGACACGUUCAAGCUUUGGCUCGACACGUCGCUGACCAUCUACCGCUCGAUCGGCGCGGAACCGGAUGCAGGGCGCCGCCUGGUCAGCUGGGCCAUACAGGCAGGCUACCCCGCGGGCGCAGAACACAUCACCUUCUCGUCGAGCAACCAGGCGUACGGCGGACAACCCAACGCGAAAUUCUGGGGCCAGAUGUGGGCCGAACGCAUCACAGGCAAGUCUUGGAAGAAGCAGGCACUGGAGACGGGCAAGGUGACCGAGGAGCAGAUCGAACAGAUGGCACAAGACUACUUGAAGUGGAGCGAGGCCCCGGACGGAGUGUACAUCAUGGUGUGCGGCGAAGUGCUACUGCGCAAGUGA